AUGAAGGGAUCCUUACUUGUUCUGUCCAGCACUCUCCUGAGUUGCGCCAACGCUCUUCAACUCCAUAAGCGUCACAAUCCAUCCGUCGUCUCAGUUAACUUUGAGAAGCGAACAAAAGACGCCUUUCCCAGCCACGAGAAAAGAAACAGUGAUGCCGUCGUCGAGAUGAAGGUGGACCAGCAGGGCUUCCUCUACUGGGCCAAUUUCACCAUCGGAAACCCGCCGCAAAGGCUUUCCGCAGAAAUCGACACCGGGAGCUCCGACUUGCUUGUUCUCACUAAUCAGAUCAAAACUUGCAAGGAAAAGGAGUGUCAGGGUGGUAUUUUCAACCCAGAAAAAUCAGAAACCUUCGAGUGGAGCGACGAGCAGGUGUCUGGUAGUUUCGGUAGUGGCGAAAGCUGGACGGGUGAAUAUGCUAACGACACAUUUACACUUGGCUCAUCCACUCUGGACUCUUUCCAAUUUGUUGGCGUGACUGAGUUCAAUGCCACCACCGCUGGCAUCUUUAGCAUCUUCGGCGUCGGUAUCUACAGCCUGGAACAUGCUGACAUAAAAUACCCCAACCUGCCUUAUGCUCUGGCCAAUGCAGGAGAGAUCAAUACUCCCGCAUUCAGCUUAUGGCUCAACAACGAGACGCAUGGAGAGUUUCUAUUUGGUGGCGUCAACAAAGCCAAGUAUACAGGCCCCCUCGUCACCUAUCCUGUUGCCGCCGACGACACCUUUGACGUGCGAGACAGAGCCCUAGUGGUUAUGACAGGCUUCGGGACAACCUCUGGUGGCAAGACUUCAGAUCUUGAAUUUAAAUCUCGACCCGUUCUCCUCGACUCGGGCACUAUACAGAGUAGACUGAGUCUUAACAUGACCUUGCAUCUAAUCAAGACUAUGAAGGUCUCCAUGGAUGAGAAAUUGGGUGCUGUAGCGCCUUGCAACAUCAGCUCCAAGGAAACGCUGGAUUUUACGUUUGGCGACCUGACUCUGAACGUACCUCUCGCAAACUUCCUCUCAACAACCCCAGUCAAGAGUGGUGUCGACGGUGUUGCAUACUGCAAAGUCGUCUAUUACGAAGAUUCCACUAGCAUUGUCCUAGGUGACGAUUUCCUCCGAGGUGUUUAUGUUGUUUACGACUGGGGCAACAUGGAGAUCUCUCUAGCCCAAUACAACUCUGAGGAGGCUGAAGACGACAUUCACGAAAUUGUACGAGAUGUACCUGGGGCUUCUGCCGCCACUGAUGUCCCCACAAUGUAUUUGAAGUACAAUCAGCCUGCAGAAUCUGCGGGUACUGAAAUUCCAACUGAGUUGCCGACGAUUACUGCAACUCCUCUCAGCACAGCGACUGGAUCCGGAACAGGUUCGGCGGAAGCUUCGUCGACUACGGCUGAGGCUGGUGAUGAUGAGGACAGUGGAGCGACGGGUCGCCUGCCAACGAACUUGAUGUUCAUGAUGCUGCUUGCUUGUAUCUUCAGCGUUGUAUUAACCGCACAGUGA